UGAUUAAGCAUGUUGUGCAUCUCCAUCAUAUCGAAUUUUGGCGGUGUUCUUCCGAUAAAAAAGAAUUUCAUAAUUGCAGUUCAUGAAAUAAAAAACGCAAAAAAAAACAAAGCAAUGUCAUUGCUGUCAAACUCUUAUCCGGGAAUGACAGUAGCUACGCUGCGCGUGUGUGCGUGUAGAUGUGUGUGGUGGAUGGUAGUGCUCUGUUGAUGGAAUCCGUGGCCUUCCGAAAAAGUUUUCGGAUGCUCAGUCCCUCGCGGUACUUUAGCUCGUUCGUGUUGAAGAUUGGAUAAUUUUUCGCGUGAUUGUGUCUUCGUCGCUACGGCACACACGUUUUCAGUGUUCGAUGACGGUGAAACAUAGCAUCGUCGUAGUGUUUUACGUUUCGGUUCCUUUUGUGGCUGGGUGUUUGUGCUUUUGAAUGGGCAAUGCCAUCGGCGAAUCGCGCCUGCAUACCGUAACAGAACCGAACAGUAACCAUCGCGAGUGUAAUCGAGCGCCCAACGCUGGUAUGACUCUGCUGCGCUAAUUUAAUGUUACCGUAGUUGAGCAAUCCAGACGAAGAAAAACGGCAAACGUUGCUGUUGCUGCCGACGGCGGCGGUGACCCUGUUCCGUACAAAUCAAGUGUCAAAUUCUUGUUGAUACUGGAACGCAAAUCCGUGGCCGUGAUUGUUUGCGCAUUGUUUGGGGUAAAGCGCAGACUGCUUCGAUCGGCAGAAACACACAUAGCCCAGCAGCAUAGACGCAGCAACCAAGUGCCAUGUGGUUAGUGUAGAACCGGAUAGUGCACCACCAACCAACGAGGGGCCACGCAAGAAUGCUGGAUCGAUCGAAACCCCACAAAUCUAUUCCUAGACCGGCACCAGCGAAGAGACCGACCGCAAAAGUCGGUAGUAAAACUCACCCUACCAAGAAACAGUAUAAAUCUCGGCCGACGGUCAUAGCACGACUCAGCAGCAGCAGCGAUAAGCAUCGCCAGUCGGCACGGAAUCUCGCACCCGUUAGGUUAGCGGCCGGGAGAAGGGAAGCAUCAUCCCUCGGCCAGCCCGGGAUCCAGAGCGGAAGCAGUGCGUAAGCUACCCCGGCUCCCACGAACGUUAUCGGACCGGUCACGAUAUGAUAGCUUAUCUGUCGAAAAUGCGAUCGUCCGCGUCGGAGAUGGCGGGCGGCGAAACGACCCAGUUUCUCAAACUAUCCAGUGCCGUGUUUUACGGCCUCUCGUCGUUCCUGAUCACCGUAGUCAAUAAGACCGUGCUGACCAGCUACCGGUUUCCCUCGUUCCUGGUGCUCAGUCUCGGCCAGCUGACGGCCAGCAUCGUGGUGCUGUUCGUCGCCAAGCGGCUGCAGCUAGUCAAGUAUCCCGAUUUCAGCCGAGACAUCGCGCGCCGCAUAUUCCCGCUGCCGCUGAUCUAUCUCGGCAACAUGAUGUUCGGGCUCGGCGGCACGCAAGCCCUCAGCCUGCCAAUGUUUGCCGCCCUGCGGCGGUUCUCCAUCCUGCUGACGAUGCUGCUGGAGCUGCUGGUGCUCGGCAUUAGGCCCACGCUCGCGGUGAAGGUGAGCGUGUUCGCCAUGGUCGGGGGCGCCCUGAUGGCCGCGCUGGACGAUCUCAGCUUCAAUCUGCAGGGCUACAUGUACGUGAUGAUCACGAACACGCUGACCGCGGCCAACGGCGUGUACAUGAAGAAGAAGCUCGACACGGCCGACAUGGGCAAGUACGGGCUGAUGUACUACAACUCGCUGUUCAUGAUACUGCCGGCCUUGGUCGGCACCUGGCUGGCCGGCGACAUCGACCGAGCGUGGCAGUACGAGGGCUGGAACGAUCCGUUCUUCGUCGUGCAGUUCCUGCUGUCCUGCGUGAUGGGCUUCAUCCUGUCGUACAGUGUGAUCCUGUGCACCCAGCACAACUCCGCCCUGACCACCACCAUCGUCGGCUGCCUGAAGAACAUCAGCGUCACGUACAUCGGGAUGUUCAUCGGGGGCGAUUACGUGUUUUCGCUGCUGAACGCGCUCGGCAUCAACAUCAGCGUGGCCGGCAGCCUGCUCUACACGUACGUCACCUUCCGGAAGAAGCCGAGCGGCGGGGGAGGAAGCGGUGACGCUGCCUCGUCCGACAAGAAGCUGCUGCUGCCCGCCGCCGGAAGAAUCGAUAACGUGAUGAUAUUCCACUGCGAGCCGGCCGGUAAUGCAUUUUUAGAUAAAACCAGCAUUGUCCCACUUGUUUAUCAUCCCCUUUGUAUGGGAAAAUGUAUUUUAGCUGCUCAUAAUAGAAGAACAAAAAAAAGCACCAAAAUGUUCGUUCGAAAAAGCUGCUACCCGUUGAUUAACGCCACGAGAAGAUGUCUCCGGUAUCGCCAGCUAAGCUCUACCACGGCCGGAACCGACGGCACAACAGCACCUACAGCCAACAUUUCCUUGAACGAUGAGCCACAGCCGGCAGCAGUUGAGAUGGACGAGUUUACGAAAGAGUUUCUUCGCAAUCGAAUUGAAGUCAGCGACAUUCAAAGGCUAAUUUUAAGCGCCGGAAGCUCCGUCGCCGCUUUAGUCGAUCCGCGAAGGCAUGAUAUGAUCGCUUGCCUGGGGGAAACGACUGGACGGGAGGCGUUGGAAAAAAUGCUCCACUACAUGCGAUCAACCGAGGAGGGACAACGGAUUCUGGCGGAGAAACCGCGCAUCAAUACGCGCACGGUGGAUAUGGAGGCACUAAAAAAGAUGCCGGAGCAUACGUUCGGUUACACAUACGUCAAGUUUAUGGAAGAUAAUAAUAUUACACCCGAUUCACGAAUGGAGGUGCGAUUUUUGGACGAGCCCGAACUUGCGUACGUCAUGACCCGAUACAGGGAAACGCACGAUAUGGUACACGCGAUCCUCGACAUGCCCACCAACAUGUUGGGCGAGGUAACGGUCAAGUGGGUGGAAGCGUUAAACACCGGUCUACCGAUGUGCUAUGGCGGUGCCGUCUUUGGUGCCUUUCGGCUUCGUACCAAACAAAGACAAAACUAUCUGCGAAAGUAUCUGCCCUGGGCCCUUCGGACGGGCAAUCGGAUCAAACCACUGAUGGGCGUGUACUGGGAGAAGCGAUGGGAGCAGGAUGUGACGGAACUACGCAAAGAGUUAAACAUUGAGCUGUUGGCACCGUAGACCCGCGACUGCUUUCGCGUUUGCAUCGUAUUACAACAAACCCAAAUCGCAAUAGUGAGACGUUCGUUUGUAGUUAUUAUUUAAAACGAUUUUUUUUAUCACGCUGCAAUUUGCUUCGCAAGUACACAGCGCAUAAUACACUAAAAUUUCAACGUGUA